AUGUUUGCUGUCAAUCAGCUCCUAAAAGACUUGGGCUACAAUGUGGUGCGUACCAUCGGUGAAGGUACCUUUUCCAAGGUCAAAUUAGCAACAUCUCAAAAAUAUCACCGCGAUGUUGCUAUUAAAGUGGUGGAUAGAAGAGAAGCACCAGAAAUAUACUCCACAAAAUUACUGCCUCGUGAGCUGGAAAUACUAAGGACUGUCAACCAUCCUAAUGUCAUAGCUGCCUACGAAUUUAUUGCCGUAAGCAACGGACUGCACUUUAUAGUAAUGGAACUGUGCUUCACAGAUCUACUGAAGGUCAUAGAGGAUAAUGGGAGACUGACAGAAGCCAAGGCCAAAUCUCUCUUCCAGCAGAUUGUCUGCGCUAUGAGUUAUCUGCACCAUAAUCAGAUCGUUCACAGGGAUCUCAAGUGUGAAAAUAUUCUCCUGACGGAGGAUCAUAAGGUCAAGAUCACAGACUUUAACUUUGGGAAGUUGCUAGACAGCACAGACUUGUCUACCACAUACUGUGGUUCUGUGGCAUAUGCUUCACCUGAGGUACUGCAGGGAAUCCCAUAUGACCCAAAGAAAUAUGACAUAUGGAGCAUAGGCGUGAUACUCUACAUGAUGGUAAUAGGUACUUUUCCAUUUGAUGACAGCAACAUCACUGCCUUGCCAGAACUUCAGGAGAAGGGUGUAGAGUUUCCGAAAGACUUGACUUUGGACAAAAAGUAUGAAAAUCUUAUCAAAGCAUUACUGGAAUACAGCCCUCAUCAACGACCAGACAUUGGCGCAGUCUUAGUGCACAGCUGGCUAGAAGAACCAAUAAACCAAGCAGGUUAA